CCGUGUCGACGGCUCGCCACCUCUCCCCACCCCCGCUCCACUCCCACUCCCACUCCCACCCCGCCUCGCCGGAGGCCGGAGCACGCCGCCGCGCGCGAGCCUGCGCCUGCGCUUGCCGCACACGGGCGGAAGAUGGACACCGUGGCUCCCCGCCUGAGCCGCUCGUCGACACGGUACGGGCCCGUCAGCAGCAGCGCCGCCUCCUUCAGCGGGCCCGUCCGGAAGUGGCGCAAGGCCUGGGUGCCCCUCGCCGGCGCCGGCGCCGCCGGGCCCGGGGGAGGGGCUUCACGGGGUGACAACAAGGUGGUGCUGUUUAGGUGGACGCCGGUGAACGGCGGCGCGGGAGGAGGGGGAGUCGCCGACCGCGGCAUGGAGCCGGCGGCCGGCGGCAGGCGGCGCUACGUCCCGGCUGCAGGGGAGGCGCAAAACACUAGCAAAAAGGGCACCAGCAGCGAGCUCAACUUGAACCUUGACCUGGAAGACCCCGAUGAUGACACCGAUGCUGAUAUGAGCACGGAUGAGCCACGCGACGUAGAAGAUAGCAACCCGCGUCCAGAAAGCCGGUUGAAGCGGAAAGCAUUUUAGCCCCGUGGCCACCUAUAGAGAUGUGGAUUGGAGCACCAGCUUUGUCUUCCACCGGAACCUUCCGCCCACGAAGCGGAUUUCGUGUACCAUAAUCUAAGCAUGUAACUUGUACCAGUCAGCCCGUCCCCUUAUGCCUAUUCAAGUAUUCAGUGUAGAGUGUUGUGUAUCUUCGAUGAUCUGCCCAUGUUCACAUGCUAUAAUUGGUCUGUUCGGUUAUCACUUGUCAGUUGCCACUCCUGUAAGAAGAUAGCCGUGAACUUUUCAUGUUGGUGUGUACUGCUAGACGUAGCAACAUCUUAAUGUGCAGAAUCCCAGAUGUUUGAACGGUGUGUCUGAA